CAAACUUAUCAAUCAGAGAAAAGUUGAAAUGUAAUUAUUGGGACAUAGCAGUUGAAGAUACUGAACUGACAGAUAUUAACUGUUAACAUAAUCAAUCACUUAAAACAUUCUUGAAUCAAAGAUUUCCUAUGUUGUCUUGCUUUACCUCUAUGGAUUUAUUUUCUCUCUUCCUGAGUAUAAUACUUCUUAUGCUGACUCCACUUUCUGUUUCACAACUUGAAGAAUUUGUUAGCAUUGAUUGUGGAGGGAAAAGUAACUACACUGAUGGAAGCACAGGGUUGUCAUGGAUUUCAGACUCUGACAUGAUGCACCAUGGAACUCCAGUGGAAGUAGAAGAUGCUCCAAAUGGAGGAACCAUGGUUCAGUAUCGAACGCGCCGAGAGUUUCCCAUUGACAGCAAGAAACAUUGUUACACACUAAGCACAGUUGAGAGAAGGUAUCUUGUUAGAGCAACAUUUCAAUAUGGAAUGCUGAAAAGUGGAGGCACAUACCCUCAGUUUCAGCUCUAUUUGGAUGCAACAAAAUGGGCCACUAUCUCUAUAUAUGAUGCUAAAAGAGUGUAUAUUGAAGAAAUGAUUAUAAGGGCACCCACAAAUUCCAUUGAUGUUUGCAUGUGUUGUGCCACAACUGGUUCUCCUUUUAUAUCUACUCUUGAGCUUAGACCCUUGAAUCUUUCUAUGUAUGCCACUGAUUAUGAGGAUAAAUACUACUUGAAAGUAGCUGCAAGAAUCAAUUUUGGUGCUCCAAGUGAGGCAUCUCUCAGGUACCCGGAUGAUCCAUAUGAUAGAAUUUGGGAUUCUGAUCUUGCUAGAAGGCAAAAUUUUCUUGUAGGGGUGGCACCCGGAACAGAGAGAAUUAGUACUACAAGGAACAUAGAUAUAGGGACAAGAGAGUAUCCACCUGUUAGAGUUAUGCAAACUGCAGUUGUUGGCACAAAAGGAGUACUUAGCUAUAGAUUGAAUUUAGAGGAUUUCCCUGCCAAUGCUCGCGCAUACGCGUAUUUCGCAGAGAUUGAAGAUCUUGGUAAGAAUGAGGUUCGAAAAUUCAAGUUGAAGCAGCCUUAUAUACCUGACUAUAGCAAUGCAGUUGUUAACAUUGCUGAGAAUGUCAAUGGUAGCUACAUUCUUUAUGAACCAAGUUACAUGAAUGUGAGUCUGGAUUUUGUUCUGUCAUUCAACUUUGUUGCAACCCCGGAUUCUACUCGAGGACCUCUCCUUAAUGCAAUGGAAAUAAGCAAAUAUGUACGGAUUGCUUCAAAGACUGACAGGCAAGAUUCAACUGUUGUAAAUGCAUUGCGAUCGGCAUCUGCUGAAAGUUUGCAAAUGAAUGAAGGUGAUCCUUGUGUUCCAACUCCCUGGGAGUGGAUAAAUUGCAGUGCCACUACACCUCCAAGAAUUUCAAAAAUAGUUCUAUCAAGAAGGAAUUUGACAGGUGAAAUCCCACCUGAACUGAAUAACAUGGAUGCUUUGACAGAGUUGUGGUUAGAUGGAAACUCACUUACAGGAACACUACCUGACAUGAGCAAUCUUAUAAAUCUAAAGAUUGUCCAUUUAGAAAACAACAAAUUGACUGGUCCUCUACCAUCUUACCUGGGUAGUUUGCCAAGUUUACAAGCACUGUUCAUACAGAAUAAUUCCUUUAGUGGGGAAAUACCAGCAAGAUUAAUAUCUGGAAAAUUUGUUUUCAACUAUGAUGGCAAUAUUGGACUACAUAGAGGGAGCAAGAAGCAUUUCAAGUUGAUACUUGGAAUUUCUAUUGGAGUACUAGCAAUUCUAUUACUAUUGUUCAUAGGUACUUUGUUACUACUGCUGCAGAGAAGGAAAUCUCGAACGAGACAAAAAGGUGUUUCUGCACACAAAAGCACUAAACCUUCAAAUGCAUAUUCAUUGGUUCGAGGAAAUUUAACGGAUGAAGGUACCACUUGCUAUAUAGCACUCUCAGAUUUGAAAGAAGCUACUGAUGAUUUUUCGAAGAAAAUUGGCAAAGGAAGCUUUGGAUCUGUUUAUUAUGGGAGAAUGAAAGAUGGAAAAGAGGUUGCAGUUAAGACUAUGACUGAUUCAUCCAGCCAUGGGAACCGCCAAUUUGUUAAUGAGGUAGCCCUCUUAUCAAGAAUUCAUCAUAGGAACUUGGUUCCUCUGAUUGGAUACUGUGAAGAAGAAUAUCAGCAUAUUUUGGUUUAUGAGUAUAUGCACAAUGGCACUUUAAGGGAUCACCUUCAUGAACCUUCCAAGCAAAAGAACUUAGAUUGGCUAACUCGACUUCGAAUUGCAGAAGAUGCAGCCAAAGGUCUUGAAUACUUGCACACAGGAUGCAAUCCCAGCAUCAUUCACCGAGAUGUAAAGACCAGCAAUAUUCUUUUAGACAUCAAUAUGAGAGCAAAAGUGUCAGAUUUUGGACUCUCUAGGCUAGCCGAAGAAGAUUUAACUCACAUAUCAAGCAUUGCAAGGGGAACCAUAGGUUACCUUGAUCCUGAGUACUAUGCAAAUCAACAGUUGACAGAAAAGAGUGAUGUGUAUAGUUUUGGAGUUGUUCUUCUAGAACUGAUAUCUGGAAGAAAGCCUGUGUCACCAGAAGAUUAUGGUGAUGAUAUGAAUAUUGUUCACUGGGCAAGACCUUUAAUCCGAAAAGGCGAUGUAAUGAGGAUGAUUGACCCUUGUAUAGCAGGGAAUGCAAAGAUUGAAUCCAUUUGGAGGGUGGUUGAGAUUGCAAUGCAAUGUGUGCAACAGCAUGGUGCAUCAAGGCCAAGGAUGCAAGAAGUCAUUUUGGCUAUACAAGAUGCUACCAAGAUUGAAAAAGAAGCACAAAAUAAGCUAAAAUCAACAUCAUCAUCAUCAUCUUCAACUUCAGGAAAACCACAGUCUUCUAGGAAAACUUUACUCACAAGCUUUCUUGAAAUUGAGAGUCCUGACUCCUCAAGUGGCUGCCUCCCAUCAGCAAGAUAAAUGAGUAGUAAUCAGUAAUCCUAUCAGGCAUUAUGUCAAACACCAUCCAUACAGUUACAACAUAGUGAAUGACAAACCCUAAUUCUUCUAUUUUAGUAUUUGGCUAGUUGCAAGAAUAAAUGAGCAAUUUAAAUUUGAUUA